UUCAUUUUGGAAGUGGAUAUCUGUGCAGAUCGCAAGACUAACAAGAGUGCUAAGAGCCCAAUUUGGAGGAAUCAUGGAAGAAUCCAACCCACCCACUAAACCUGAGGAACUGAACCCUCACUCUCGCUUUAUCAUUGGUUCUGUGUCAGAGGAUAAUUCAGAAGAUGAGACUAGUUCCUUGGUGAAACUUGACCUGCUAGAGGAGAAAGAGAGGUCUUUGUCUCCUGUAUCUGUCUGCUCGGAUUCCCUUUCAGAUCUAGGACUUCCUAACGUUCAAGAUAGCCUGGCAAGUCAUAUGAGGCCCAGUAUGUCCGGGUUGCACCUUGUGAAACAGGGCCGGGACAGGAAGAAAGUUGACCUACAGCGGGAUUUCACUGUGGCUUCUCCAGCAGAGUUUGUUACUCGUUUUGGAGGGAAUAAAGUUAUUGAAAAGGUCCUGAUAGCAAAUAAUGGGAUUGCAGCAGUGAAAUGCAUGAGAUCCAUCCGACGCUGGUCCUACGAGAUGUUUCGAAAUGAGCGGGCGAUCAGAUUUGUUGUCAUGGUGACCCCCGAGGAUCUGAAAGCAAACGCAGAGUACAUUAAGAUGGCGGAUCACUACGUCCCAGUUCCAGGAGGACCAAACAACAACAACUAUGCAAACGUGGAACUCAUUCUUGAUAUUGCUAAACGCAUUCCAGUGCAGGCUGUAUGGGCAGGCUGGGGCCAUGCCUCUGAGAACCCUAAACUGCCAGAACUGCUCCACAAAAACGGCAUUGCUUUCAUGGGUCCUCCAAGCCAGGCAAUGUGGGCCUUAGGAGAUAAAAUUGCUUCGUCAAUAGUGGCUCAGACUGCAGGCAUCCCAACCCUUCCUUGGAGUGGCAGUGGGCUUCGAGUGGACUGGCAGGAGAACGAUCUGCAGAAGCGUAUCCUGAAUGUUCCUCAGGACCUGUAUGAGAAGGGUUACGUGAAAGACGUGGAUGAUGGACUGCGGGCUGCUGAAGAGGUUGGCUACCCUGUCAUGAUCAAAGCCUCUGAAGGAGGAGGAGGAAAAGGAAUUAGGAAAGUUAACAAUGCAGAUGACUUCCCCAACCUAUUUAGACAGGUUCAAGCAGAAGUGCCCGGCUCGCCAAUCUUUGUCAUGAGACUGGCCAAGCAGUCCCGUCACCUGGAGGUGCAGAUCCUGGCGGAUCAGUAUGGCAAUGCCAUCUCCCUCUUCGGCCGGGAUUGCUCCGUGCAGCGCAGGCACCAGAAGAUUAUUGAGGAAGCACCCGCCUCCAUUGCGACGUCCGUGGUGUUUGAGCACAUGGAACAGUGUGCCGUGAAGCUUGCCAAAAUGGUGGGAUACGUGAGUGCCGGCACCGUGGAGUACCUGUACAGCCAGGACGGCAGCUUCUACUUCCUGGAGCUGAACCCGCGCCUGCAGGUGGAGCACCCGUGCACGGAGAUGGUGGCUGACGUCAACCUGCCCGCCGCGCAGCUCCAGAUUGCUAUGGGGAUUCCCCUGCACAGGAUCAAGGAUAUCCGAAUGAUGUACGGGGUGUCUCCGUGGGGAGAUGUGCCCAUUGAUUUUGAGAACUCGGCCCACGUCCCCUGCCCACGUGGCCACGUCAUUGCAGCACGUAUCACUAGUGAGAACCCUGAUGAGGGAUUUAAGCCCAGUUCUGGUACAGUCCAGGAGCUGAAUUUCCGCAGCAAUAAGAAUGUCUGGGGCUAUUUUAGCGUUGCUGCUGCAGGAGGGCUUCAUGAAUUUGCUGAUUCUCAGUUUGGUCACUGUUUUUCCUGGGGAGAGAAUCGAGAAGAAGCCAUCUCAAACAUGGUGGUGGCUCUGAAGGAGCUGUCCAUCCGAGGAGAUUUCCGAACCACUGUUGAGUACUUGAUUAAACUGCUGGAAACAGAAAGCUUCCAGCAGAACCGCAUUGACACGGGCUGGUUGGAUCGGCUCAUUGCAGAGAAAGUGCAGGCGGAGCGGCCGGACACCAUGCUGGGAGUGGUGUGUGGGGCUCUGCACGUGGCUGACGUGAGCUUCCGAAACAGCGUCUCCAACUUCCUGCACUCUCUGGAAAGGGGCCAGGUCCUGCCUGCUCAUACUCUGCUAAAUACUGUGGAUGUGGAACUCAUCUACGAAGGACGGAAGUACGUGCUGAAGGUACGAUACGCA